AUGCUCGGGCCUGGAAACGAUCAAGCUGCCCGUGAAGCUUUGAAUGCUUGGCCUGGUGGGCUGCAAGUUGGUGGUGGUAUCAAAGAUACGAAUGCAAAGGAGUGGAUUGAUGCUGGUGCUGAACGGGUCAUAAUCACUUCAUUUCUCUUCCCUUCUGGUUCGUUUUCGUUACAACGACUUCAAUCCGUCCUUGUGGCCCUCGACGAUGACCCCAAAAAGCUCGUCAUCGAUCUCAGCUGUAGACGCGUGGGUGAAGGGUGGAAGGUUGCCAUGGACAGAUGGCAGACAAUUACCGAGUUUGAGAUCAAUAAGGAGAACAUCGCGAUGCUGGAGCCCUACUGCAGUGAAUUUCUGAUCCAUGCUGCCGAUGCCGAGGGUCUGCAAGCAGGAAUUGACGAGAAGCUUGUUGAGUAUCUCGCGUCCAUAUGCACCAUCCCGGUCACUUAUGCAGGCGGCGGAAGAAAUCUGGAAGAUCUGGAACUCGUUCAAAAAAUCAGUGGCGGAAAGGUUGAUCUUACCAUCGGGAGUGCCCUUGACAUUUUUGGUGGGAAAGGCGUGACCUUUGGGGAGUGCUGUCGCUGGAACGAGUCGAGAACAGGCUGA